UGAACUUUGAGAAUACAAACAAAGUAUCGAUUCUAUGGCACUACUAUUGAUCUGAUACUGAUACCAAUGUUGGUAUCCAUUGAUAUUUUGAUCGAUCCGCCCACCUCUACUUCACAGUCAUUUUGAAGCUUAUUAUUAACAAUUCCCAUUAUUAAACCGGAUGUAUGUCAGAGCCUAUCACCUCUCGCCUCUUUCACAAUCAGCUGACCGCGUGAGCACGCCCUUUCGUUUGUACGCGCGCUCCUUACAGGCGCAGGCUUGGCAUCCUACUAGGUGAGGCUGUCAGAGACGCAUUCAGAGUGAGCACAAGGUGAGAAACCUCAUUAGGAAAAAUGGCGAGCAGUAACCUUGUGGGACGCAUCCGGAACUAUCCUAAACCCUCAGCACCCGCACUAGCGAUUUCAAAGGUGGUGGUUUGCAUCAUUCCCAUUGCUCAGAUUGCUAUUGGGGCAAAAUACCUUCAUGAGUGUCCGCGUGAGCACUACAUCCCCAUCUAUCUGAUAGUGGUGGGAGUCUUUGGCCUGAUUCUGUCGUUGCUCUCCUGCUUGCCCUGCGCCAAGGAGUCCGAAGAAGGCACCUCCAACCCUCUGAGCAAAAUCUGCAUAGCCUGGAACUCCUUGACAUCUGUCUUUCUCUUCUGCUGGUUUAUUGCUGGUAAUGUAUGGAUCUACUCUAUUUAUCAGCCCAACUACAUUAAAAACACAACAGAUGUGAGCUCCUACUGCAACAAGACCCUUUACCUGUUUGCCUUCUGGACCACCACUUUGGUUUACAUCCUGGUUGGUUUGUUUCUCUUGUGCGGCUCCUUAGUCCUGAUGUGCUGCUGCCUGUGUUGCCGUGCCAGUCUUGACGAUGACGUUGUGUAACGACUUUUGGAAGCAAUGAGGGGACGGGACGCUGCUGAUGCAAAUAUGUUGGAAAUGCGUUCUAAAAAAAUGGCAGGGUAAGUGUGUGAUGUGUCCGUGCAUCUUGUGUUGAAAGAUGCAACCCUUUCAGUAGAUUCUCAAUUGAAAAUUCUACUGUUUUCUCCUUGAUGAGCAUUUUCUACACCUCUGCAGCAGCUACUGUUUACAGGAAUUUUAUUCUGAAAAUUAAGAACCUACACAGAUGUUUAAGAAUUUGUAUGAGAGCUGAUUCCACCAGCAAAUAUAUGUUUUACUUUCCUAUUUGUUUCCAUGUUUGUCCCAGGAAAACACGUCUACAUUAUAAAUGUGAGGAAGGUUUUUCUCACAAGUAUCUCAGCUCGUCAUUAAACUCUUUUAGUGACGCUACAGAUAAAUAUCAGCCACUGACAUCGUUUACUGCCAUCCUAUUUGCUGAUAAAUGCCCAGCAUCAGUCAGUGUCAGGAUUCAGCUGAUACAUCUGUGAAUCUGUAGAUGUGCUGUUACAUGAUGAGCCACAAAUUUGGGGUUAUUGAGUGUACAUGAUGAAAUUAAAAAGUCACUUUGGUAAUGGUAUCAUUCAGGGAAUAAACAAAUACUAAAAAAUCCUGUGUAAUGCAGUUUUUCAUACUUUACAAUUCUGUAAAGUGUAGGUUUGUUUUCUGUGGAAACCAACACUUCUCUGUAUUUCACUGUUCAAAAUGUAAUCACAACAUUAAAGUCUGUCAGAGGUU